AUGAGGACCUCUGUUUUGGUGGCUGCUUCAGCCGGCACGGUCAUCACCGGCCUGCUCGCCUAUGCAGUGUACUUUGACCACAAGCGCCAGACAGAUCCAGAUUUCCGGAAAUCCCUGAAGCGAAACAACCGCCGCAUGGCUCGGGCAGCCAAGGAGGAGGCCGAGGCCCACGGUGCCCAGCAGCGGGAAGCGAUCAAGCAAGCUGUGCAGCAGGCCAAGGAGGAGGGCUUCCCUACAGAUCUGGAAGAGAAGGAGGCCUACUUCAUGGGCCAAGUGGCGCAGGGCGAGUCGCUGUGUGCCGAGGGUUCCGACCAAAUCCAGGCUGCUCUCGCGUUCUACCGGGCCCUGAAGGUGUACCCGCAGCCCAAGGACCUGAUCUCGAUCUACGACAAGACCGUCCCGAAGGAGGUCCUGGAGAUCCUGGCUGAGAUGGUCGCCAUGGACUCCGGCCUCAACCUGGGCUCGUUCACCGGCGAGAGCGGUGGUGAUAGCCACGGCGUCGAGUAA